AUGGGCAUGUUAACUCGGGCUCGCAGCCGCAAGGCGCACCCUCAACCCACGGAACCCGCGACAUCGAAGAAGCCCAACAAGCUUCAGAAAAAGAACCCGCGUCAGACACGCGCCGAACCGACUGCGGCAGGCAAUGCGACCGUGAUCGAGACCGACGCGCAGGCCCUCGAGCAGACUGAAUGGGUAGAACCGCCUUGUUCACGCGCGCGCCCGACCUGGGCAAAUCCCGACUCCUACUUCACGCCGCAAGAGAACGCCUCGCUCAACACCAUGCGGCCCAUCGGGCAGUACCCGACGGUGGGCGACUACAAGAGCGUUGGUCUGACACCUCCGACCAAGAGCGCUGUUAAACGCGCGUUCAAGUUGACGGUGCGCGCGACGGGCGAGGUCAGUGAUGCAAUCAUCACCAGCUCUCCGACGCCUAUCACGCCCGGAGCAGAGGAUGGAGUCUUGGACGACACGCGGGUCAAGGUUGACGAGGGUGCCUUGAGCGGGAUUGAGAAUUUGGAGAUCCUCACGGAUUCAGGUGAGGCAACUGCGGUGAAGCACCUGGUGAGAGAUAUGGACAUGAGCGACGUCCAGGACGGCAGCCUGGCGACCCCCAUCUCUGAAGCAAUCGGACUUCAGACUACACAACCUUCUUUGUCUCCCGUCGAAACCCCAGUGGACACUCCAGCCGAAGAACCCUUGAUCAACCCUGCUCGGACUGCUCUCGGUACAUUUCUCGCUGCUGCACAGGUGAAGAAACCCUUGUCACAAACAUCGUCUCCUGUCAUCCCCGCCACUUUGGAUCCCAUGGACGUAGUAGACGCCAUGGCCUCUGAAUCUGAAAAGCCAGUUGACCGCGAUUUCAUCGCUGUCCUGCACUCCCUUCCAGACCCCGAGUCCAGCAAAUACGAUGUAGCUCAACUGAAGCAAGUUAUCGCAACAUCGAUCUCUCACUCUCGUGAGGCUGGGAAUGAUAAGGCAGCACUGUGUCUGCUUCACUACUGGUCUGAAAUCGCGGGUGAUGACUUCAAGCUGUCUCUAAUCUACAACAUGGGCCUUAAAGAGGUUGAUCACAACCUGGAACUGGCGCUGAAGACCAUGCUACGCCACUCGAUGGAAGAUGCCUCAGAGUGGUACAAGGCAUACAUCUCAAAGCGACCUGUUGCCUUGGAGCGUCAGGAUUCAGGCAGUGACUCCAGCCUCUCAUCUGCCCAGUCACUUGAGAUGGAAACUCUCAAUCAAACAUUUAAAGUUGCAGACAUUUACCGCGACACCUCCGGCCCCCGCGUCGAAGAACUCUUCAACAGCGGCAAGUCCAACACUGCUCCUCUCAAACGGGCAAGGAAGCCGUGCCGAGUGAACGAAAACUCUUUCAAACGUCGUCGUGAGUGGGAAGCAGACCCAUCACUUGAAGAAGCCCUACGAGAGAAACGUGCUCGCCUGCUCAAGGUGACUGAACCCGAACCUGAGGAAGUCAUGCCAAAGACCAGCUCAGUUCGCCCCAAGAGAGGCCGACGUGCUGCCGUCGAGCAGCCUCCCACUGAGGUUCCCACACCUGAGACCACUGAAGUGGAACCGAUCGUUCAGUCAGUGGAGGUCCCUGAGCCAGCGCCUGCACGCGCGCAGCGAGCCCAGGUUCUUGGGAAACGCACUCGCGAGUGGUCACUAGACACCACUGUCUCUGCCGAGUCGGCCGUCUCCAACGAGUGCUACUCGGAGCGAGAGAAUGAUUGGCAUGGCGAGUUCAGCUGGCGAAAGAUGCCGAAUUCAAUUGAGCCGCCUGACAACAGUGACAAUUGCUACGAGUGCGACCAGGUUGGCAAUCUCCUUUGCUGCGAUACAUGUGAAAACGCAUUCCAUUUUGAAUGUCUGAAACCUCCCAUGGAUCCCAAGAACCCGCCCCAGGGCGAGUGGUAUUGCCCGCGCUGUGGAGUCCGCAACCCUCUCACUACCGCGAUCGCACAUGGUCGCUACAAGAAGCGCAAGACCGAGUACUCCCCUCCAACGCACAUCAAGGAGUACUUUAUUGGCGUCAGUGAGGGUCGGCAUUUCGAACCUUCCGACCCCAAAGCAAUCAAGAACCAGCGCUUCUACAAGUCGGUUCCCCACAUACCGCGUCUGACUAAGCCACCAAGGGCCAACAUCCCAACUCCUGUCUACGACGAUCCCAACCUGCUGAAGAUGUCCGACAAUGGCCAUGUAAUCCUCUGCAACAGUUGUGGUCGUUGUACCGAUAAUGAGCGCCCGAUCGCCCGCUGUGACUACUGCCCCUCUUACUUCCACCUAGACUGCCUUGAUCCCCCCCUCGCAAAUCCCCCUAACCCUCGUGCCGGGUGGAUGUGCCCCAAGCAUGUCCUGCCUGAUGAACUGAUCGUGACCAAAAUGGUUGAUGGUCGUUUACAAGAGCGCCGUCCGCGCCGUCCCAAGCACACCGUUGCUUCCGUUGACGUGGAUCCCAUUCCAUAUGAUGAUGUCAAUGAGACUACUUUUGAUGAUGACUUCCGUGAGAAGCGUCACCUCCUCCCUGCCGGCGACAUGAUCCUGGACUUCAUCUCCGCCGUGCGCAAUGACCCCUCCCGUCAGCAGAAAGAAUUCUUCGCUGGCCUCGCCAAUACAUGCAUCAACCUUGCUAGGAACAUGGUUGAAGAGCGUCUGGCGCAGAACAGCACCAUCUCUGCUGAUGAAAUCACCGCAUCAAUCGCCCCAAGUAUAAACGAGGCUAUUGAUAACCUCCAAACGGGCAAGUCGACCAAAGACCAGUACGAUGCUGCCCUUACUCUUGUCGGAUUUGCCAAAGGCGAAUCAAGCCCUCCGGUCGGGGAUAACAAUGACGACAAUGCCUCAACCACAUCUCCAUCCAAUCCAUCCAAAGACUGA